GCUUGUCUUUGCUGCUGAUUAAAAAUUUGAAAUUAACCGUUUUCUCAUCAUUACAUUGCUACCUUCCCAUUUUCAUUCUUAUCACUUGAUUUAGUUGAUAAGUGACCUGCAGCUAAAAUGGAGCCGUCCCCUGCCAUCAUUCCCCAGGAAAAGUUGAAGAUUUGGAAAAUAUUUCGCGACGUGGGACCCGAAGGAGAAGAAAUUUUAAAGUUGGUGAAGUUGGCACAUGUCGCCAACGAAAAGGAAGCCUUCGUCGUCACCUCGGCGGACGAAACGUUUUCCUUCCUCCGUGAGGAAGACGGUCUGUACCAAAUUGCAAAAAUUCCUGAACUUUGUCACGUCCAAGUCAAAGAAUUGGUUACUGGAUCAAUCAACCUCGCAAUAACGGAGGACGGACAACUUUACUCGUGGUGCAGUAAUUUCACCUUGACAAAAAUCCAUAAAAAUAUUUAUGAGCAGUUAGGUCGCUUCCGCCCGGUUUCAAAAACCUGUCCGGAUCCAAACUUUAUCAGUCACCCGGAAAUCGUGACGUACACGGCAGCCGAGAAAGUGGUGCAAGUCGCCCUCUCAGAACUGCACGAAGGUCGCGUCGUGGCGUUAACCGGGGAUGGAGAUGUCAUUCAUUGGGGCGCGAUCAGCUGGGACACGGACUCGCCAAUUUUUAUUCCGUGUGCAAAAUUUGACAACAAGGAGCUUAUCAGCAUCGUGUGCGGGGUUGGUGGUAUGACCUUUGCGUUAAGUGAGGAUGGAGAGAUAUUUCAAUGGAAGUUGGAUGCAGGUUCGCCAACAAAAUCGGACAUUUGCAGCACCCCGGUUAAAAAGCUUGUCGCGACAAAGGGGUGCACUUACGCGUUAACUGCAGACGGAACGCUUUACUUUUGCUGCACGGCACCCAACUGGAAUCCGCUAUGGGUGACGACGAAUGAGUUCGAAAACGUCCAAGACAUUGAAACCUGUUGGACGGGGAACGUUGUGGUUAUCGAGUGGAAGAAUGGCACCCGUCUCGCCUGGGAUUUGACGACGAAGAAGUGGCCGUCUCUAAAAGCUGCCUCAGUGGACGAAUAUUUUGCCGAGCUUUGUCAAAAAAGUCACCGAACUAUUGGGUCGCCAAGCACCAGUCCAGUGUGGAAGGAAGCGUUGGAUCAGGAAAUUUCCAACUUGUGGAGGAACAAGAACGAUGUGGACGUCACAUUUUCCGUGGAGGGGAAAACCAUCACUGCGCAUAAGUUGGUAUUGGCGUCAAAAAGUGAUUAUUUUGCGAACAUGUUUAGCACCGAAUGGAAGGAAACUGCAGGAUCCGAGAUUGACAUCAAGGUCACAAAAUACGUCACUUUUGAGGCCUUCCUCUUCUACCUGUACCACGGCAGGGUCACCUUCGCGGAGGCCGAGUACGAAAGCAUUUUUGUCCUUAGACCUCAUGAAGUUAGCGGACUCUUAUUGCGCCACCAACCUUGCUCGAGAAUGUGAGAAGAUUCUGAUCCGUAGGAUUAACCUGGGAAAUGCUUUCUUCCUCGUUCGAAACGCUUCCUCCGCGAAUGCUCUGAUUUUGGAGGGACAAGUGCUCAAAUUCAUUGUGGAUUAUCGAAACCAGUUAAACUUGAACAAUUUGUCGCCUCAAGAGCUGAUUGCGUUGAUUGGACAGGAUGCCCUCAAUAAAGUGGCGGUUGCACUGCUCCAGCGCUAAUGAUGCAUAGUUUAUAGUUGAGAAAUUAAAAAAAACGAUUGUAUUAUUUUAGAAUAAAUAUGACAUGACUAAGGAAUAAUGAAUUA